AUGGCCACGAACACGACCUCUUGUCCAACCGCUUUCCGUGUCGCGCAGGCAGUAGGCUUGAGCGGUGCAGCUUGGCUUUCUGGCAACAUCGCCGCCUACAGUGUAAAUGUCGCACCGUCCCUCCUCACCUCCGCCCAAGAAAGCAAUCUCUCCGCCAGCACCCUCGCAAAGCUAUGGCGAAACGUCUAUCAUCUCGGCGCAACACAGAACCCGCCCAUCGCCCUCUGCACCGCAGCCGCAUUCUUCUACUAG